AUGCUGCUUGACUUUCUCUGUAAAGUGCAUGUCCAAGUCUUAGAUUUCUUACCUUUAUUUUUUGGGGGGGUUUUCUCUUCCAGGACUCUUAUAGAAAACAAGUCGUCAUUGAUGGGGAGACCUGCCUACUGGACAUCCUGGACACAGCAGGUCAAGAAGAAUAUAGUGCCAUGAGAGACCAGUACAUGCGGACGGGAGAGGGUUUCCUCUGUGUAUUUGCAAUUAAUAACACUAAAUCGUUUGAGGACAUUCAUCAUUAUAGAGAACAGAUAAAAAGAGUAAAAGAUUCGGAGGACGUACCGAUGGUUUUAGUCGGCAACAAAUGUGACUUACCUUCUAGAACGGUAGACACGAAGCAAGCUCAAGACUUAGCGCGGAGUUAUGGAAUUCCUUUUAUUGAGACAUCUGCAAAAACCAGACAGGGAGUUGAUGACGCUUUCUACACUUUAGUACGAGAAAUCCGAAAGCACAAAGAGAAGAUGAGCAAGGAGGGCAAAAAGAAGAAGAAAAAG